AUGGAGCCUGGACUUGGAGGCCCUUCUGUGCUACCCCACUGUGCCAAAUAUAGGCAGCAGGCUCCACUUUGUCCCUCUGUGCAGUCCCCUGUGUGGCCGACCCUGGCCGCCCUGGCCCUGUUGAGCAGCGUCGCCGAGACCUCCCUAGAUCCCGCACCCCACAACCCCGCCACCCGUGAAGGCCCCGCGCCUGUCCUGGCUCCCCCAGCCGGCCACUUGCCGGGGGGACACACAGCCCGCAUGUGCGGCGGAAGAACCCGGCGGCCACCGCCCCCAUUACCCCGGCCCGCGCCCUCUCCUCCUGCGCUGGCCCGCAUGGCCCGUGCGGGGAGCAGCCGCGCGAACCGGGCGCGGGCCGCAGGGGCGCGGGGAUGCCGCCUGCGCGCGCAGCUGGUGCCGGUGCGCGCCCUCGGCCUGGGCCACAGCUCUGACGAGCUGGUGCGCUUCCGCUUCUGCAGCGGCUCCUGCCGCCGUGUGCGCUCUCCGUACGACCUCAGCCUGGCCAACCUGCUGCACUCGGGGGUCCUGCGACUGCCCCCAGGCUCCCGGCCACUCACCCAGCCCUGUUGCCGACCCACUGGCUACGAGGCAGUCUCAUUCAUGGAUGUCAACAGCACCUGGAGGACCGUGGACCACCUCUCAGCUACCGCCUGCGGCUGCCUGGGCUGA